CUGUUUGCUAUUCGUGGACAUUUUUUACCUUGUUCAUUAUUGGAUGUGUCUAAAACUCUCAUAGAAAGAAUGAUUGGUUAAGAGUGGCAGUCGUUAGUUGCGUUUUUUUCGUCACUGCUCUCAUGCUUGCCUGUGAAAUUGUCAAUGCUGAGGUCGUGAGUUUAGCAUGAGCGGAUUAAUACUGUAGUUACAAGGAAAUCUACAGAAUAGGAACGAAGCAAAGAACAUUAUCUAAUAUAGAGGACACCAAGGAGAGCUUACAGAAUACGUAUUAUUUUUUAUAUUCACAAUUUAAGGAUUCUCAAGUCUGAGUUUAAUUUGAAUAUAUAAAACCGCUGUAUGAGUAAUAAUAAAAAAAAGACAUUUCGUACAGAUUAAUUUGAAACGUUCUGUGUUUAAAUCUAAUAGGUAUUUCAGCCAACAUUAAGACAAUUCAGGAGUAGAGCACCGGUAACUUAAUUUUAAUCAUUUUUUCCCCCCAUACAAUAUGCAAUCUUCUGGUGGUGGUGGACAUUUGACUUUGAGCACCAGUGACGGGGUACUUGUUAAUUCAGUUAAAAAUGCUUGCAGAAACAGGUUAAAUACAGGAGUUAAUGCAGAGGACCCAGAUUCCAUUGUGUCUCUGGUGGGUGAUUCUCGGCGAUAUGAAGGAGUCGAUCCAGGUCAUUUGAAGGCUUCCAGUCCAAGGGCUGGCAAUGCUGACGGUUCCUGUGUGGAAGAUGACUCGGAAGACGAGUCGCACAAGGAUGGGCGAACCGAUGAGGUGGACAGGGAUACGAAAGUUAGGGCAUACGCCUGGUGUAAAGAAUUCCUGUCUGGAUCAUGGAAACUCAUUUUUGAAGAUGAUUUUCAAAUUGGUAUUAUCAGUGGUGGAUUAAGUAACCUGCUGUACCUGUGCUCUCUACCGGACCAUGUGCUCAGUGUUGGAGAGGAGCCUCGCAAGGUUCUGCUGAGAGUUUAUGGAGCUAUUUUACAGGGGGUCGAUUCCCUUGUUCAGGAGAGUGUGAUGUUUGCAAUCCUAGCAGAAAGGGCGCUGGGACCACGGCUCUAUGGGAUCUUCCCUGAGGGGCGGCUGGAACAGUACAUUCCGAGCAAUCGGUUAUUGACGGAGCAGCUACGAGUUCCUGAUCUGUCCGGGGAGAUUGCUGUGAAGAUGUCCCGGUUCCAUGGGAUGGUCAUGCCCUUCAACAAGGAGCCCAAGUGGCUGUUUGGGACCAUAGAGAGGUAUAUGAAGCAGAUUUUGACAUUGAAAUUUACCAAAGAAGCCCAUUUGAAAAAGUUCAACAAACUGAUGAAGUACAACCUGCCUGCAGAGAUGGAGAGCCUGAGAGCUCUUCUUGAGUCAACUGCUUCUCCAGUGGUUUUCUGUCAUAAUGAUGUGCAAGAAGGUAACAUCCUUAUGCUGGCUGAUCGAGAUCCCUCUUCCAAAGAAAAACUUAUGCUCAUAGACUUUGAAUACAGCAGCUAUAAUUACAGGGGUUUUGAUAUUGGCAACCAUUUCUGUGAGUGGAUUUACGAUUAUACCUACAACCAGUGGCCCUUUUUCAAAGCUACUCUAGAGAACUACCCAAGCAGAGAGCAACAGUUGCAUUUCCUUCGCCACUAUUUGUCUGAAUUUUCUGGGAUUAAGGGAGAUGUAGAAUGUGAUGAUCAAGCAAAGAUUGAAGAAGAAAUGAUUAUUGAAACUAACAGAUUUGCAUUGGCAUCCCACUUCUUGUGGGGUUUAUGGUCCAUUAUACAAGCUAAGUUGUCUACAAUAGAGUUUGGGUACAUGGAUUAUGCACACUCUCGAUUUGACGCCUACUUCAAACAGAAAAAACUGUUUGCAUAGCAGUUCUAUUUGUAUCAAGGGGACCCUUCAAAAAAGACAAGAAUCUGAAUUUCAAUUUCUAAAGGAAUCCCCUGUUCCACUGGAUUAUUAUUAUUAUUAUUAUUAUUAUUAUUUAUUUCUUAGCAGACGCCCUUAUCCAGGAUGACUUCCAGUUGUAAACAAAAAUACAUUUCAAAACAAAAAUACAUUUCAAGUAUAAAAAUACAUAUUCCAGUUCUGUGAAUGUAUAAUCUUCAGUGUUAGGCUUUUCCAUUAUUUUAUUUUUUUAAAUAAUUUAGUGGUCGCCAAUUAUUUUUUAUUGUUUUCUCUCCAAUUUAGUAAUGUCCAAUAAUUUUUUUUUAGGCUCAGCCACACUGCAGACUCACUAUGCAGCCACCUAGAGCUACAGUGUCAGAGGACAAUGCAGCCCCGGGCAGCUUACAGGCAAGCCCGCAGACGCCCGGCCAGAACAGGGGUCGCUGGUGCGCGGUGAGCCGAGGACACCCUGGCCGACCUAGCCCUCCCUCCCCCAGGUGGCGCUCGGUCAAUUGAGCGCCGUCCCCUGGGAGCUCCUGCCCUCGGUUGGCAAAGGAAUAGCCUGGACUCGAACCGGCGAUGUCCAGACUAUAGGACGCAUCCUGCACUCUACGCGGAGCGCCUUUACUGGAUGCACCACUCUGGAGCCCCCAGGCUUUUCCAUUUUAUUUUAAAUUUGUUUUUGCUUCAGUGGUCAGUAAAUCUGAGACGUGCAUUUAGAGCUUGUGCGCAGCCUGGACUCUAGACCUAACAAUGGAGUGAAACAUGGAACCAAAAAUAAGCACAAUGCUUAACGACAAUGUACUGUAAAACAUAGUGGGGAAACAAAGCAUGCCAUAGCAUCAUCCUUUAAAAAUAACCCGUCCGCUUAGUAGUAUAGGAGCCAAGCAAAUGAAUUCUUAGGCAACAUCCAUUCAUAUUUUUUGUAACUGUUAAGUAACUUUUUGUUUGUGUCCUUGUUUAUAUGUCAAGAUAAAAAUACUGUAAAAAAACAAAACAAAAACAGCACCCUUGAUACACUGCAAGCGUAACACCCCUUUCAUUUGUGCCAUUUGUUAUUGUCAGCUACUUGCGCGAUGGAUGUCCAUUUAAUUGAUAACUUAAACAGCUGCUAUUUUGAGUUUCUUGAAAAUCUUUAAAGAGGUUGUUGAUAUAUUUUAUUUAUUUAUUGUUUUUGUAUCAAUUUGCACACUUGCUGACACAUAGUCCAUACAUAAUUCUUUUUUGUUGAGUUGACUGUUGCAUUCCCAUGUUGCAUUGAUACUGUUCACAAAUAGGGGACCAAGAAUUGUAGAAUUUAUAACAAUCAUUAUGGAUCCUCUUCACUGCCCAUUAUAAACACAGUACCUGUAUUUGUGAGUGUGCUGCAUGCCUAAUGAUUCAUUGGAAUAGUGAAAUAACCCUAAACAUUAUUAGUGCAAGGUUUGAAAGCAUAUAAUUGUGCAUAUUUAUGUGCUGUGAAGCUGUAGUGUGCUAGUCAUUCUUAAUUUAAUUGUAAUUAUUCUUAUUUCAGCCUAGAAUCUCUUCAACUAAGAAAAAGCUUUUUUUUUUUUUUUUAAUUUCAAAAAUUCAAGUCAAUGAUGUUAGUCUGUUUUUUUAAUGUUUUCAAAGCCUUGUUUUACACUUACAGUAGUUACUGUAGGGCACUUUGUGGAUGUACAACAGUAUCGUUGAUGAAUGUUAUAAAAUCAUUUAGGUAUACUAUUGCUUGUUUGAUAAAAGCCCAGCAUAACCAAAGGCUAGGCUAAGAGCUUGGAUCUCAUGAGCUUCUAUCACAGUAUGUCUGUUAUCAUUCGAGGCAGAUUUAAUCGUGUGUAUUGUGUUGCUCUUCUGAUUAACAUGUCUGGGGCCUGAAUAAAAUUCAGAUGUUGCCACCGUAUAACUUUGGUUUAAAUAAGGACUCCUUACUUUGCAGCUUUAGUACAAUCAUAACCAGUGUCACGCCUUCAUAUUCCCAGUGACUGAUAUUACACAGUGUGAAGAAGAAACAACUGGGUGAAAAAGUUUAAUUUGCUCUUGUGUUGUAGUACAUGUAACGUUUAAUCGAUUCAACUUUCAUCAAACAUUCAUUCAUUUUUAAUUCAGUUAGUACCAUAGGCAUGAAGACUAAACUUUGCCCAUAAUUAUAGAAAUUAUAAAACAAAACUUAAUGGUUUUGGACAAUACAAUUUUGCUGCUAGCGCAAUUAGUUUGCAAAUAAAAAUGUCUUUUUUAUUUUUUAAAUAAUUAUCCUAGAUGUAAUUAUCCUAGAUGUAAUACUGUAUAGGUAUUUUGUGUUCAUCUGAUUGCUUCGCUAAAGGGUUUUAGAGGUAAGUGCUACCUAUGGGUACACCUGGAUAGCAAAAGUUCAGACAAUCAUAAAUAAAACACAAACUGGUGAUAUCUGACCUAUUCAUUGUAGAAUGUUCUGUUUUUUCAGAUAUUUGAAUCCAACACUUAUCUUCUGGUUUCACUGACCCCUCCCUAUUCACACUGAUCUUGGAAAGCCUAAUGUUAAAGUAGUCAAAAAUAUGUGAUUAUCAGGGUCUGUGAAACCAGUUGUAUGGUAUAUAUGUCUAAAUGUUUGAUUUAACUCCAGUCUGAAUGGCUUGAAAGAGUUGUCUUCUUUGAGAGUUUGUUUGCUCUGCUGCAGUUUUAUGUAUGUAAUUGCAAUAAACUGGUUCAUAAUAAAGUAAUCUUAUUCUUAA